UGGGCCUACAUGGCAAAGACCGGGCGUAUUUCGAUGGCAUGUUUCUCGCUCAAGAACCUGGCAAGAAAUCAACUUUACGUACACACGAUUGGAUUGGAUGGUUUAGUGACUUGAAAGAACGAUGAAUCUCUGUAAUACACCAAUGGCGUUGAUGAGGUCUCCUUGCCAUCAAAGGAUGAACAUCUUCAAAUAUUUAACACAGCAUCUUAAAAAUCAUCUUAAUGCCAACAAUCCAUCGUGUUCGAGACUCAGGUUGGGAGCUGAACCCACCAAGAAGACAUGGACGACUUGGUCCUAUGGAAGGAUGCUCUCCGCUAAACGCAACACAUCAACAAACUUUCAAUCAUCAAGAUAUUGCUCCACAACAGGAUUGGUCCCCAGACAUUGGUCCUCAACAGGAUUGGUCCCCAGACAUUGCUCCACAACAGGAUUGGUCCCCAGACAUUGGUCCUCAACAGGAUUGGUCCCCAGACAUUGGUCCUCAACAGGAUUGGUCCCCAGACAUUGGUCCUCAACAGGAUUGGUCCCCAGACAUUGCUCCUCAACAGGAUUGGUCCCUAGAUGUCAUUAUGGAACAGACUCCAGGGAAGCAACCAAUGAGGAUCUGCUAUCAAUGAACAAUCCCUCUUUUGAAGCAUACCUUCAGCAUCUCACAGAAGAACAUCAAGACAUUACCAAACGGUUAGCGAAUGAGAAAUCAGUAGAUGGGAAGAAACAAAAGCGGCUGGUGCGGAGACUAGCAGAGUUGAACCCGGUGGUUAGAAAAAUUGAAGAUUGGAACGAGAAAAAGACAGAACUGGGAGAAAUUGAAGAACUAAUUUCAGGUUCGAGUGCCACAUCACAAGACAAGGAGAUGCUAGACAUGGCUAUAGAGGAGAAAGAUGAAUGUCUGGAAGACAAACAAACCCUGGAGGCAGAGAUUCUUAUUUUACUUACACCCAUCAAGGAAACGGAUGACAAUGACAUCAUUAUGGAAUUCUCAGCUGGGGUCGGAGGUCAAGAAGCAAUGCUGUUCACGGCUGAUAUGUUCCAGAUGUACGAAAAGUUUGCAGCUUAUAAGAAUUGGGGUUUUGAACGGCUUGGGUACUUCACCACUGAUCUAGGUGGACUCCGACACGCCACUGUGAGUGUGAGCGGGGAUGGAGCUUACAAACUUCUGAAGCACGAGGGCGGUGUUCAUAGAGUCCAACGCGUUCCUAAGACAGAGAAGGCCGGUAGAGUUCAUACGAGCACAAUGGCAGUGGCAGUACUGCCCCAACCUAAAGAGAUUGACUUAAAGAUAGACCCUAAGGAUCUACGCAUUGAGACAAAGAAGGCAUCAGGGGCCGGCGGUCAGCACGUCAAUACAACAGAUAGCGCCGUACGCAUCGUCCACAUCCCAACGAACAUGGUGGCAGAAAGCCAGCAAGAGCGCUCCCAAAUCAAAAACCGCAACAUCGCCAUGAUGAUCCUCCAAACCAAAAUCUUCAACUCCAUCUUAGAGAAACGAGACAUCGCCGAGCGAUCGAUGCGAAGGAGCCAGGUUGGGACGUCUGGUCGGUCAGAGAAAAUCCGGACGUAUAAUUUCCAGCAGGAUCGAGUGACGGAUCAUAGGGUCGGGAUGAGUAUGUUUGAUGUGGAGGGACUCUUAGAUGGAGGGGAACAUCUUGAGGAGAUGAUUUUAAGAUUGUCGGAGGAGGAGGAGAAGGAAUCGUUGAGGAGACUCGUAGAAGAUUUUGAAGAAUCAAGAACUGAGAGCUGAAACCAAAAGAAACUGAGAGGCAGGCCUGAUACUUCAUGGAGGCACUGAAGGGGAUUACCUCCAUGCCCCCUGGCCUUGGUGCCCUUAAAAUGCUC